AUGCUGGAUACACCGGAUGUCCAGGCGCAGCGCCAGGAUCGGGGAGGCUGGUGGUGUAGCCUCAAGUGCUUCUUUGCUGUGCUGGUGGGCUGCGGCGGCAUCCUGGUGCUGGCUGCAUGCUUCGGGCUCCCCGCAGACAGCCUCGACUGGAGGGGUGCUGCUCCACACGAGCCGAGUCCUGCGUCAGACCAGCCGAGUCCUGCCAUCAGAGGCGACGUCACGCCCCGCUCUGCUGUAGAGCAGGCGGUGGCAGCGGCUGUGGUACCAGUGACGAUUCCCACUUUUGCCUUCAGCUCCUACAGCCAGUCGAUCACGACGCCGCUCUGCAAGCCGAAUUUCGACGUCUGGAGGAACAAAUUUCUGGAGAUGUUCUGGACGACGCUCGAGAACCACUCUGCGCGCACUGACGAGGGGUCUGCCACGCUGUCGCUGGUAUGUUGCUUCCGCAGCUACCAGUACAUCUAUGACAGGGACUGCAACGAGUCUGAUGUCGUCGACAGGGCCCAGUCUCGCUUCAAUUCGCUCCCUGUGCGGUCGCCAGAGAGCCCGUAUUUGGUGCUCGCAUGGGGCCUCGAGGUGGACGAAGUAAAGAAGCACGCGUGGGCACACGACUUGAUCCGCCAGCGGGACGACUUCUUGUACAUGCACUUUGACCUCAGGGGCCACUACAAAUACAACGAGGCGGCCCCGAUGCUGCCAGGCAUCACGAUCGCUCCACCGCUAUUCUGGAAGGGCCCCCAGGCGAACCUCAGCCGGCCGCCGAAGUACUUCCUGACCUUCUCGGCCACACGCAAGCGUGACCCCUUGCCUGAGAAAGUCGCACUCGCGGGUCGUGAUCAGCCAGCUCCUUCGACCACGGGGCCAUCGAGUGGAUGA